UGAUCUCCUAACUAGCUGGGUUGACCCCAUUAGUCUCCUUUCAAAUGAUUCUUAUGUGACAGAAGCCAUCCUCCCAUCUCGAUUCGACGUAUCGGUUUAAACAAAUCACAGACUAAGCUAGCACUCAUUAUAAGAGAUGCUUCUGAUUUCAAUCUAACUAGUCUCCAAUCCCUUGAGGAACCAAUGGACUUUCUUUCGCGAGCUUGGUGCAAUUCUGCCAUUCAAGUGUACCAACCAGGGGAACAAGAUCAGUCUAUGGUUCACCAAGAUAAGAUGCUUAAGUCACCGGAAAACAACCCCACGAAAGCUUCAUUUCCGAAGAUAGAGAAGAGCUUGAAGAUAGAUGAUGGAGACAAAAAGGCUGUGCCCCCAUGGAAAUCAAAUGAUUUGAAGUCAUGGAUUUGGCUACAGCAAGCAAUGCAUCCGGAAGUAAACUACGACCGAUGUUUUCGAAAAAAAUGGGCUCCAUGGAAGCUAAUACCAUUUAAGAACAUGAUUUCUCUGAAGAAAUGGUUGAAGGAGAUAAGGCAGAGGAAAAAGGAAGAAGAGAGAGUGGAGAGAGCUGAAGUGCACGCAGCUAUAUCAGUUGCAGGUGUUGCGGCUGCACUUGCAGCCAUUGCUGCAGAGAACAACAACACCACAAAGGAAGCUGCAGUGGCUACUGCAGCUGCUCUUGUUGCAGCACAAUGUGCACAAGUAGCAGAAGCCAUGGGUGCCAAAAGGGAGCAGCUCAGCACUGUCAUGGGUUCCGCCAUGAGCAGUACUAGUGCCACUGAAAUUUUAACACUUACAGCUGCAGCUGCUACUUCAUUGAAGGGAGCUGCUACCCUAAAAGGGAGGCCAAGUCACAGGGAUAAGAUCAACGGGGUUGCACCAAUACUUCCCAUUGAGGAGAACAAUGAUUUUGACUUUGACUUUGAUAAGGGUAGAUCUCUGCUCGCAAAGGGAGCUGUGCUUGGAGUGGAAUCACCAGAUGGGAAGAGCAUGCUGAGAUCGGUAUCUAUUAUCCUCAACAAUGAAGCAAAGGUUAUUCUCAAAAUCAAGAAGAUCAACAUGCUUCCAGUCUUUGCAAGAACAAAAGAAAGUGUGGUGUUGGACUUGCAUGCAGAGCUAUACAAAGAUUCCGAUGGUGAGGAGACAGAUACAUCUUAUCUCAUUGUGCUUACAACAAGUCGAGGAACGAUCAAAGUAGAUAUGAUGGACGAUUACGGGCAUUACAAGAUAUGGGCAAUGACUAUAAAUCAUAUGCUCAUGCUCUCUACUUCAUUUACUAGAUACGAACUACAAUUUUAUAAAAAUUGAUGAGUUCGUCUUAAUUUAUAUAUGUUAUAUGUGCUCUCUAUGGUUCUGUCAAUUGAAUACUCGGUGGUGUUCAACAGUCCUCCCUCACAUUGUAUCCUGUGGGAGAAUAUAGAAUGUCUUAUAAUUUCAAACUAUAGCAAGUGAAGUGUAAUUAAAUGUGGCUAUGUAGAAUAUUUUCUUGUGAUUU